GUGAGACGACGGUGGAGGAGACGUACGACAGGACAUUCAUCGUCACCAGUCGAGUCCGGUUUUCCGUCAGCAAAGAGGACGACGGUGCACCGGUGGACUGCGUCAUCGACCAUCCAGCUGUGAAGGACCUGCUGGCUCAGAGACACCUGGAAGUGAUGUAUAAACCAGAGGUGAAGAUCGUGGUGACGUAUCCUGAAGGUUUAACCAGAGAAGGGGACAAUUUAGAUUUGACGUGCAUCGCUGAAGGAAAACCACAUCCUCAUCAGAUAAACUGGCUCAGGGUGGACGAGGACGUGCCGCCUCACGCCGUGGUCACCGGCUCUGAUCUCUACAUCGAGAACCUCAACAAGUCCUACAACGGCACGUAUCGCUGCGUCGCGUUCAACACGGUGGGCGAGGCCUACGACGACUACAUCCUCUAUGUGUACGAUGCUCCCACUACUAUCCCCACACCCACCACCAACCCAGUCAACACGCAAGACUCUAGAGCCGGAGAGGGGGCGCCGCAGAAAAUUGACCACGCUGUCAUCGGAGGAGUGGUUGCCGUGGUGAUGUUUGCCAUCCUCUGUGCACUCAUCGUUCUUGGUCGAUACUUUGCCAGACACAAAGGAACUUACUUCACGCAUGAAGCCAAAGGGGCGGACGACGCCGCCGAUGCAGACACGGCCAUCAUCAACGCGGAGGGCGGACACAACAACACAGACGAGAAGAAGGAGUACUAUAUCUGAAGUGGACAGGCCAGGAGAGACGGGUGGGGACACUGCUGGCGAUGUUGGUGGUGGUGGUGUUGGUGGCGGCGGCGGCGCUAUAGGAGCAUUAUGUCUAACUCUGUUUGGUUACGAGACGGCGCGAGGGCAGGGAGGGAGCGUAAGGUUUAAAGGAGGAAGAGAAGAGAAGAAAGAAAAAUGUGGAAAGUAGGACUGCCGUGUCCAAGUGGUAAUAAGAGGCAUUGCUGAGUCUCCUAUCCGACCCUUCCUGGACUGCUGGGGCUGAUUCUGUACAGUUCAAUUAUUUUACAGACAAUUUUGUGCCUUGUUCUAUAUCCUUUUUGUUUGUUUCUGUUGUUUAUUUUCCCCUGUCACAUGCUUUUUGGAUUGGAUUCUUCUUCUCUUUUUUUUUUCCCCCCUUUUACUUCCAUCUGAUCUUUCUGAGGAGAUGAAAAGGCCUGGUGCUCGUCUACGAGUGUGUUUGAGCUCAUGUACCCACACCUGAGGAGACAGCUAAUUAACACUUAACUAGAAGACAGUAAGUUAUUAUGUUAGUGCAACUAAAACCCAGACUUUUUUUUAAAAAAUAUAUUCGUAAACACAAGAUAGUCACGUUUUCCUCAUUGUCGCAGUGCGGUUGUAUCUCACCAAACUUUAAAGUACAACUGGGUCCCGGUUGUAUUUUAAGAGAAUUCCUGACAGUUGGGUACGACUUAGCAUUUGCUAACUGGGACUGCCUGGGUCGGGACCCACAGAUUUAUUUCAGGUGCCCAAAAACAAAUUUGCAGA